UAUAAUUUCAUGUCAGAAAUAAGUAUUCUGUAACCUUUUUAUCGAACUUUAUAUUUAGUAGGCUAAUACAAGUAUUUUUUGUGUGUUACAUAACGGUAUUACUUUUUAACUCAGGAUGUUUCUCAGAGGAUAUCACGAAUCAUGUGACUUUCAGAUCAGUCAGAAAGCGUUAUGAAAAAAACGUCCCGUUAGUCAUCUGUAUUGUUUUCCACCGUGCAGUAAACUUAUUCGGUAUCAGCCAGAUUUUCAAUCAAGGGAACAAUGGAACUGAGCAGCAACAAGCUUCACCCUUUUGUUUCCGAGAUGAGGAUUGUGCUCUUGGGGAUGGAGACAAACUCGGUGGGAAAUGCCAUCCUGGGCAGAGAGGCUUUCGAGACUGGGUCCACUUGCUCCCCAGAACCACGGCACUGUGAGAGGGCCAGAGGCGCGGCUGCAGGCAGGCGUCUUGCUGUUAUUAGCUGUCCGGACCUCAUUACGCUCAGUCCCCCAGCACUGACUCAGGCGAUACAAAGUUGCUUCUUCCUGUCCUCUCCUGGACCUCAUGUACUUCUGGUGGUGCUGAAGCUUGACAGCUUUACGCGGAAGGAUUUGACCAGAGUGAAGAGCAUCCUUGAAUAUUGGGGUGACACCGCAGUGAAUCAUGCAAUGGUGCUCAUUGUCUCAAAUUCUUCCCAUAAGAACAGUGCUGUGGAGCAGUUAAUCAAAGACUGUGGAGGGAGAGACCAUGAAUUCAAUGCCAGAUAUAUGACUGCGACCAGACAGGUGGCUCAGCUUGUGGAGAAAAUGGAGCAGAUGGUGACGGAGAAGGCGGGACAGCACCUCAGCCCUGAGGCGUGCCGGGAGUCCAGUAUACAGGCGGAUGCGGAGGGCGCGCGGGAUGCCGUUCCACCUGAAAAACGAAGAAGACAGCAGGAUGAAGAGAAAACUAGGGAGUCAAGCUCACAUGAACGGCCUGAAAGUGUAGAAUCUGGUUCCUCCUCUGGCGAGGAUUUGGAGGGUGGCGUCUGGAACUUAACGAUGGACAAGACCUACCUUCCGGUGACCUGUGGGAACAAGACGGGGAAUCUUUACCGAGACAAACUGGCUAUAGGGGAGAAAUGUAUCCUGGUAGGAACAGAUUGGUUCACUCCCCCUGAGUUUGAGGUGUUUGGUGGAAAGAAGAGUUACAAGAACUGGAAGAAAAGCAUUCAGUGUAAAGGCACCAGUCUGCAUAAACUGAUCCAGGGUGGUCAUUUGAAGACCUUCCCUCGAAGGCGUUUGCAGGGCAGGAAGAAGCCUCCUACCCAUCGCUGUUCGCGAAGCUUGUCGCCAGACUUCAGAGAGGAAUCCAUGCAGGAGGAAGACAAUGGAGAUGAUAAUGAACAUGCAGAACAGCACAAAGAAGUGGAUCUGUCAGACUUUAAGGGGAACUCCCUUGAGGUCACUUGUGGGUCCUCUAAAGGGACUCUACAUAAGUAUCGCUUCGCCACUGGCAAUUCAGGAAAGUGCAUACGAACAGAAGACAAGUGGCUGUCCCCUGUGGACUUUGUGAAGCAGGAGCUGAUGUUAACUGACUCCAACUGGAAGAAGAGCAUCUUGUGCUUGGGGACCCCACUCAAAUUUCUCAUUGAGAAGCGGGUCUUGGUGUUGCACUCCCUGCUCUGCGAAUGCCAUUCCUGUAGCACUAAGGAGGAAGAUUUGAAGAACCAGGAGAAUGAUGACAAUGAUGACAAUUGCUUCGUAUGCAACGACGAUGACGAUUUGGUGUGCUGUGACAACUGCCCCCGCGUCUUCCAUCAUAAAUGCCACGUUCCCACACUGGAUGAUGACACACUGGGGGACAAAUGGAUGUGUACAUUCUGCGUGAUGAAGUCCAGUCAGAAGUGGCAGUAUCCUGUACAGAUACCCCAUGAAACAGCCCUGCAAAAACCCAUCGCAGACUAUUUGCUGCACUGCCAUUAUCUCCUCCUGUUUCUGUACGAGGAACACCAGAAGCUCUGUAAUAUGGUGAAAGGCCGCGAGGAUGUCCGUGAAAAGCCUGCGUGGUUGGACAAGGUUGUCAAUGCACUGCAAAGCAACCACUACUCUGCAGUUGGCGAUUUUGUGUCUGACAUUCAGCUCAUUUUCAGCAACUCCUCCUCAUCCAGCAGGGAUAUCUUCGGGGAGACAGGUGCCAAGCUCAAGGAUAUAUUUGAGGAAGAGUUUCGAAAAAUCUUCAAAAUUCAGCUGAAUUGCUAAUGGUGAUUGAUGGAUUCCCCUAGUUAAUUUGUAGCUGUUUAAUUAUGUUCAUUUAGUUCACUCAUUUAUAGCUUUCAUAUUCCUUUUUUUUUUCUUUUUUUGUAAUUAAAAUUUUUAUUAUUUUCCAAACCAAAAAGUUACAGCAGUCUCAUAUAAUACACUUCAGCCAUUCACAUUUAUAUAUCACAAACAAUAUGAACAAUCACUAGUUGAACCUCCUAGCCAUUUAUCCUUCAAACACAUCACCCCAGAAAAUUUCCCACAUUUUCAUCAUAUCUUGUUUCCCAUUUAGUCUGUCCAACAUUUUUUCAUAUGAAGCUGUCUUAAUCGUCUCAUCGGUCCAUUCCUUUCCAUCGGGAAUUGUUGAGGAUUUCCAAUGCCUUAAUAUUACCCUCAUGGCAGUUAUGAGUCCCACCAUCACAGCCUUAAACUGUUUAUUAUUCACCUUUGGCAAUUCUACUCUACCUCCUAGCAGACAGAGUCGGGGUUUGAGGGGUAAAGUAAAGCUUAUAGCCAUUUACCCAGGAGACCAAGAACUCUACCCCAGAAUGGACACAGCUGAGGACACUCCGCACUCCCACAGCAUGUGUUAUUUA